AUGGCCGACUCUCAGAACAACGCAAAUCGCAAGCGUCGUCGCUCGCAGCAGCUGCAGCAGCGAGACGAUCCAUUCGACGCCUCCUCCCCUCUGCCGGGACCAUCCACUGCGAAUACACCUGCCGGCCGAUCUUCACCACCGCCUUCCUCCUUGCCUCCUUCGAGUCCUCCCGCCGCGUUCUCCGAUUUCACGGAUGGUGAACUUGAGGAUGCCGAUGUCGUUGACGAGGAGCACGAGGCACGCCGACUCGGCGACGACUUCCAAGCCAACGCUGACUCCGACGACGAGGGUGAAGAUCUUUUUGGCGAAAACAUGGACAACGAUUACACCGAAAAUGCAGCACUUGACCGAUACGACACCGCGCUUGACAUCGACGACGAGAACCAGUAUGACCAGAUGGACGCCAACGCACGUCGUCUUGCCGAACUUCGCAUGGGCCGCCGUGACCGCACAGAAGCUGCCAACCGUGGCAGUCGAUCCCGCGCUCCCGAGUUCCUUCAUAGCGACGAUGGCGCCAGCGAUGCCGACGACGGCGUCGCCAUCCUGAACCGUCGCAGACGCCGACACUACGACGAGGCUGCCGCUGGUGCGGAUGCCGCCGCUUUUGCAGAUGACCUGCCGCUCGAGCAACUCGGCGAUGUCAAGACCGACAGCAUCGCCAGCUGGGUUGCCACCGAAAAUGUUCGCCGCGCCAUUGUGCGCGAAUUCCGCAACUUCCUCGUUACCUACGUCGACGAAAAUGGUGUCAGUGUUUAUGGUCAGCGCAUCAAGACGCUCGGUGAAACCAACGCAGAGUCGCUUGAGGUGUCUUUCCUGCAUCUCGUCGACUCGAAGGCCAUCCUUGCGUACUUUCUGGCUAACUCGCCUGCCAGCAUGCUUCCGAUCUUUGACGAGGUCGCCUUUGAUGUCAUCAUGCUCUACUAUCCCUCGUACGAUCGCAUCCAUUCCGAGGUGCACGUUCGUAUCGCAGAUUUGCCCACUUCGUCUACCUUGCGCGAUCUCCGCCAAGGCCAUCUCAACUCGCUUGUUCGCGUCAGCGGUGUCGUGACGCGCCGCAGUGGUGUCUUCCCACAGCUCAAGUACGUCAAGUUCGACUGCUUGCGUUGCGGUGCUGUUCUGGGUCCCUUCUGGCAAGAUGCCAAUCAAGAGAUCAAACUCAGUUACUGCUCCAACUGCGAGCAGCGUGGUCCUUUCCGCAUCAACUCAGAGCAGACCGUCUACCGCAACUACCAGAAAAUGACACUGCAAGAGUCGCCCGGAAGCGUGCCGCCUGGUCGUCUGCCGCGUCACCGAGAGGUCGUCCUGCUCUGGGACCUUAUCGACUCGGCCAAGCCGGGCGAGGAGGUUGAGAUCACCGGCGUAUACCGCAAUAACUUUGACGCUUCGCUCAACACCAAGAACGGCUUUCCCGUCUUUGCCACCGUGCUUGAGGCAAAUCACGUUGCUAAGCGCGACGAUGCCUACUCAGCGUUCCGCCUCACUGAGGAAGACGAGCGUCAGAUCAAGACCCUAGCCAAGGACGAGCGCAUCGGCAAGCGUAUUAUCAAGAGUAUCGCUCCGUCCAUCUAUGGCCACGAAGACAUCAAGACCGCCAUCGCGCUCAGUCUGUUUGGUGGCGUGCCCAAAGACAUUGGUGGUAAACACCGCAUUCGUGGCGACAUUAAUGUCCUGUUACUUGGUGACCCUGGUACCGCCAAGUCGCAGUUCCUCAAGUACGUUGAAAAGACGGCGUCGCGAGCUGUCUUUACUACGGGCCAAGGUGCUUCCGCUGUCGGUCUCACGGCAUCAGUGCGAAAAGAUCCCGUGACCCGCGAGUGGACACUCGAAGGAGGGGCUCUCGUGCUCGCCGACAAGGGCGUAUGCCUGAUCGAUGAGUUUGACAAGAUGAACGACGCCGAUCGAACGUCGAUCCACGAAGCCAUGGAGCAGCAGCAGAUCAGUAUCUCCAAGGCCGGUAUUGUCACUACGUUGCAAGCUCGCUGUGCCAUUGUGGCAGCAGCCAACCCGAUCCGCGGUCGCUACAACCCCACGAUCCCGUUCAACCAGAACGUUGAGCUCACCGAGCCCAUUCUGUCGCGUUUCGAUGCCUUGUGCGUAGUCAAAGACACGGUUGACCCUGUCAAGGACGAUAUGCUGGCGCGCUUUGUGGUUGGCUCGCAUCUACGAUCACACCCCAAGUUCGACGACGAGGCCGACGAGCAGCUCGUGGCCACCUCGCUCGACGCCGACAUCUUGCCUCAGGAUCUUCUGAAAAAGUACAUCAUGUACGCGCGUGACCAUGUGCGUCCGUCGCUCAACGCGCUUGACCAGGACCGCAUCUCUCGUCUGUAUGCUGACUUGCGUCGCGAGUCGAUCUCGACGGGCAGUUUCCCCAUCACGGUGCGUCACUUGGAAAGCAUGAUCCGCAUGGCUGAAGCAUCUGCCAAGAUGCACCUGCGCGACUAUGUGCGCACCGACGACAUUGACGUUGCGAUUCGUGCCACGGUCGAGUCGUUUGUCUCUGCGCAAAAGAUGAGCGUCAAGAAGACGCUCGAGAGGGGCUUCCGCAAGUACUUGCACCAGAGUCGCGACCACGACGAGCUUCUCUCAUUUAUCCUCGGCUCGAUCGUCAAGGACCGUAUGCGGUUCGUGCAGCUCUCCAAUGGCGGUCGUCGCGGUGGUGCAGCUCAGUCGGGCACCGUGGUGACUGUGCCCGUAUCGGAGCUCGAGACGCGUGCCAAGGAGGUGGACGUGUUUGACAUCCGACCUUACCUCGCGUCCAAGCUGUUCCACGCCAACGGCUACUCUUUCAACCCUGCGGACCGCUCCAUCACCAAGACGUUCGGCGGUGGUCGAGCGGGUGUCACAGGCGGCGCUGCUACGGCUGCUGCGGCGAUGGCAGCUUGA